GCUGGCGGACAUCUGCCAAGCUUGCAGUGCGUGCAAGCACUUCGGGGGUUCGCAUCGGCCUCUUCGUGCCAAAAACGCACGAUGUGGUGCGGAUUCACGGCUGCGCCGCCCAUCAUGCCUCCAUCAAUGCAGCUCUGGAGGCCAUCAGCACUGCAUGCGCCGCUGCAAAGAUCCAUGGCUAUGAUGAAGCCAGCGGCAAAGGCGACCUUCGCUACGUGAAGCUGGAGGUGCAGCGUUCCACUGGAUUGGUGCAGGUCACCCUGGUGUGGAAUGCAAGCUCUGAAGAGCAGGCGGGCCGGCCGCUUCGCAAAUUGGUGUCAGCUCUGACGGAGCAGGAGAUGUGGCAUUCCAUUUGGGCCAACUUCAACGCGGCUGAUAAGCAUACCUCCCGAAUUCUGGCCUUCGAGAAGGAGGCUGCCUGGAGGGAAGGCCUUGCAGUUGUGGAGCUGGGCUUGGGUCCAACUCUCCGGUGGAAAGCGCUGGCUCCGGGAAGUGAUGUCCAGGACUACGGCGGUGUGCAUUCGGAUUGCUUGGGAGCACGCAGGAUCAUUGCUGGCCCCACACUGGAUGCAGAUGAUCGUUUCAUCAGCCAGGCCAACCUUUGUGCCUUCGAGCGGAUUGUGGCUGCUGUCCGCCGCUUCGUGCCUUCUGGAAGUGCAGUGGUAGAACUGUAUGGCGGAGUGGGGACGAUAGGUCUUCACUUGGCAGAUACUGUUGGACGACCUGGCAUGGCAAGAUCUGGCUAG